AUGAGUCAGCUCAACGAAAGCAAGAACUGCUCCUUCCAUGACGUGGAUGAGCUGAUGAAAAUCAUGCGGCUGGCGACCCACAUCCCCACCUUCCUCCUGGGCCUGCUUCUCAACCUGCUGGCCAUCCGAGGCUUCCACACCUUCCUGAAGAGGAGGUGGUCGGAGUAUUCCGCCACCUCCAUCUACAUGAUCAACCUGGCAGUCUUCGACCUGCUGCUGGUGCUCUCCCUCCCGUUCAAGAUGGUCCUGGACCACGUGCGGACUCCCUUCCCAUCCCUCUGUACCUUGGCGGAGUGUGUCUACUUUAUCAGCAUGUACGGCAGCGUCUUCACGAUCUGCUUCAUUAGCCUGGACAGGUUCUUGGCCAUCCAGUACCCGUUCCUGGUCAGCCACUGCCGGUCCCCCAGGAAGAUCUUCGGGAUCUGCUGCGCCAUCUGGGUCCUGGUGUGGGCCGGGAGUAUCCCCAUUUACAACUUCCACGGGAAAGUAGAAAAGUACACGUGCUUCCACAACAUGUCCGACGGCACCUGGAGCGCCAAGGUCUUCAUCCCCUUCGAGGUAUUUGGCUUUCUUCUUCCCAUGGGUGUCAUAGGUUUCUGCUCCUUCAGGAGCAUUUACAUUCUGGUCAGCCGUUGGAACCACACCCAGGAGUGGAUCCAGCAGAGGGCCUGCAUCUGGACGAUAGCGUCCAGUCUGGCUGUCUUUGUGGUCUCUUUUCUUCCGGUCCAUCUGGGUUUCUUCUUGCAGUUCCUGGUGAGGAACGGCUUUAUCGUGGAGUGCAGAGCUAGGCAGAACAUCAGCUUGUUCUUGCAGUUGUCCCUGUGUUUCUCCAAUAUCAACUGCUGCCUGGAUGUUUUCUGCUACUACUUUGUCAUCAAAGAGUUUCGUAUGGGCAUCAUGGCCCAUCAGCGUUCCAGAGGCCAGACGUCCCUCCAGGAUUCGGUGACUACCAGGGGCUAAGGGAAGAAAGCUCUGCUCAGAGGAAGGAAACCUUAGCCCCGAUUCCAGUAGCAGACAACCUGUUCCAGGAUUUCGAUGUGGAGGGAUGAUACGUGGUACAAUGACCGUUGAAUUGUCCUUUCAGAUGCUCAUUGAACGCUGUCUUUGUUCAUUAUGCCCCGAAGACCUUUUGC